UGCAACACCAAUAAAUGAUUCUUGAAAUUAUUUUUAUGAAAUCAAUGAUCUAGGAGUGUCAAAACAUAAAUGCUGCUUCCGAAUAAGUCAUCAUGUUGAAGGUUAUAAGAAAAGCAUCUUGUAGAGCUAUUGUCAACAGAUUACAUGCAUCUAGGGAAGGAGUGAAUACAGCAGGUGGCUGUGCUCUUUCUCAUGCAAAUAUAUGUUGCGGGAGUGUCACACAAUUUAAUAAAUAUCAGUCUCCAAUAAGGCAUUUCGUAGUUUCACCGCAAGGACACAUAACUCUACAUGAACAUGUAUAUUCCAAGCAUACAUCGUUCAGAUUAGUUAGCGAAAUUAGAGGAAAUGGUAAUAAAACGAAAGGAUGUGAACAAACAAAAGGUGGCGAUAAAUUUAUCGAUUUGGAACUAUUAGCCAAGGAUAUAAUAAAACAUGCAGAGUCAAACUAUACUUAUCCUCUACAUGUUAGUGCCUCAGAUAUUGCAGUAAAAAUUGAAUCAUUAUUGAACCUGCAGUGUGAUUUAUCUGACAUCAAAACCUUACUUACGAUAAAUCAAACAGUACUCACAGCAACAAAUAAUGCUUUUACUAAAGCUUUAGUAUUUUUGGACAAACAUGGGUUCAGGCAGCAAAACAUUGUUUCAAUGUUGCAUCACUGUGAUGAACUUUUAGCUGGACAAACCAAACUAAUAAUCCAGUGCCUGGACUCUCUAAGACAAAUAACCCUGAAAGAAAAAGAAGCUAUCCAACUCAUUGCAUCUGACCCUAAUGUACGUCAUAUCACACACAAAGACAUGACAAGCAGAGUAGCUCAACUGAAAGGCUUAUUUAAAACAAGUCAUGUAUUGAGGCUAAUCCUAAAGUCGCCAAAAUUACUAUAUGAUGAUUUUAGUGAAGUAGCCUAUAAGUUCCAGUAUGUGAUAUUUAAGCUGGGGGUUGACCAGAAGCCAAUUAUGUCAACUAAACUGUUUGAUCAUAGUGUGAUGCACAUCAAAACGAGGCACGAAUUUCUUGAACGAGCAGGAUUGUACCAGCUGCCUAACAAAAAGGGAGAAACAACAAUAGAGAACCCAUCACUUUAUCAAAUAUUUGAUACAUCUGACUCCGUUUUUGCGCAAAAGGUUGCAAAAAUGCCUACUGCUGACUAUAUGACUUUUAAGAAACUUUAUGAACUUGAGGAAGAAAUGAGAGAAGAACAAAGUGACAGUGAUCAAAGUGAAAGUGAUGAUGAAUAAUAUGAAAUACAUCACAUCAUUGAUGCCUCUUGAGGAUAAGCCAAAACUUCAUAUCACUAUUAUAUAAGAUGUGUGCAAUCAAUGUAGCUUGCAGUUCAUUAACAUGCAUUGUAGAAUGUAUCAUCUUAAAAUAAAUGUUGUCGAAUAUCAUCUUGGAAAAACUUAUUAACCAUGAGAGACUGAGAGUACAUGAUGUGAUAUUAAAGAUUUAUUAAUGAACAAGACAUUUUUGUUGCAAUUUAGUCAAAG